UUAUCAUGCAUUGUAAAUAUAGAACGCGUUAUUUUUGUUUAUUACUCAUUUACACUGGAAAACCAAUGCAUACUUAAUUCUUACAAUUUAUAAGGUGAUACGUAAAUAUAUAAGUAUUAUUGUGUAUUCUGAAGGACCAGAACAACAGCAUCGUCUUAACAGAAAUGUUUCUCAAACUGAUGAUAUUAUUGAAUAUGUCUUCAGGACAUGCAUUGUAUUUGUGCGGUAUGAAAAAAUAUGAUCACUCAACAUAUAAAUGUGUGAACAAAAGGAUACUGCCGAGAAAUAUGAAUUUACCGGCCAACUUACUGACAUGUGGAGACCCGCCUUUCGUGGAAAAAUACGACAAUAGGACUCAUGUUUGCCGUAAUAAAAAAAUAAUUGCACUAGAUGAUGCGAACCAAAGAUGCGGUGAUGAGAUAUAUAAUCCAAGAUUUCAAACAUGUUGCCAGAGUGAGUAUUACAAGUACAAGAUCCACGACGGCAAACCAGAGAAAAAAUACGUAUGCUGCAACCUAGAGGCGUACCGGCGUCGUUCGGCUAAAGCUGUCUGUCAUAGAUCAGCACACAAUGAUAAAUUCUUCAAACCAAAGAGGAUAAAGGCGAACCUCAAAGUUUGCUACACUAUCGUUUAUAUGGUUCGUAUACUGCAACAUGGGAAUGCGAGUCAUCGUUUUAUGAGAGCCAGUGUGUCCAAGUGGACAUGGAAUACUUCAAGACGUAAAAGUAUGCUACGUAAAUAUAGCAGAGAAGAAAAAGACAUGCGAAUUAGGUUGGACGAAUAUAGCCCGAAAAAAAACUUGACUGGCAAAACGUUUCUUAUCUUCUCAAAUCACCAGUAUAUGAAGAAAAAUAUAAUUCGUUUGCGCUUUAAUGAAAAUGUGUACCGAUUGCCUAGAGGCCUAGCAAAAACAUUGUCACGAUUGCCUAGACACCUAGCAAAAACAUUGUCACGUAUCCGUAACAAAUGUAAGAGCCUUAAAGUACGCCAUAGGUUUAAACGGCUUAAUGGUUGAGAAGUAAUGAUGAAAAGGGUUAGGCCGUACCGGUACCCUUUAAACCAAGUGCCCCAUAGGCCUGCUAAAUUGUCACUCUGGUUCCCGAAUGGCAUGGCGCCGUAUGUAGGCCAAAUAGACUCCCGACUGUGAGCACUCGGGGUUCGACAAAGGGAAAAGUUCUCAAACAGUGCGUGACACUAAAACACCAGUCGACAUAAUUGAGUUCCUUAAACAUUACAUUUGGUGAAGAAAAUUGUUGAACAUUUCAUUCUUUAACACUAAAAGCUGAUGCACAGAGGGAGAAAAAAUGUGGUCUGUUUAUGCGUAAGCUGCAGUUGACGGAAGACAGUAGCGGAGAGAAGCAUAAUUGAGCAGUGCCAUGAGAAAACCAACAUAGUGGCUUUGCGGCCAGCAUGGAUCCAGACCAGCCUGCGCAUCCGCGCAGUUUGGUCAGGAUCCAUGCUGUUCGCUUUCAAAGCCUAUUGCAAGAGAAACCGUUAGCGAACAGCAUGGAUCCUGACCAGACUGCGCGGAUGCGCAGGCUGGUCUGGAUCCAUGCUGGUCGCAAACCCACUAUGUUGAUUUUCUCAUGGCGUGGCUCAAAUAUUUUCAAGUCGAUGAAGAAAACUUUUACGUCUCUUUUUUUACAACAAAUUUCUUUGUAACGGCUUACUGUGUGGACUGAGCAUUUAUCUGAUUGAAGUUUGUAUUAUUACAUAGGCAACAUAGGUUGAAACAAAAAUCUACACCUACGUCAGUAUGUAUAAACAAUGUUUUUUCCCUUUAAAACAAUACAUAUACAUAUAUAUGCUUCUCAUGAUAUACCAUUAAACAUGUCACAAGUUUUCCAAUGUGUCAAUACAGAACUAUAUAUGUAUAAUGUCACAAAUCACUGACAACGCAUUCUUUUUCAGAUUUUUGGCACGAUAGGCCUAUUUCAAAAUUUCAAAAAAAUAGUUUAGACUUGUCACACCUACGUUGUGUUGCGUAAAAGAAAUAAAUAUAAAUUAGUGUCAGUGGAUUUUAGAUAAUAUUGAAUUAAACUGGGUUUCACUACAUUUACGGAGUGCGUCAUUUAAUAACUUAUUGGUUGUACAUGAUAUGUCGUACAAUAUAUGGGUUUCUUUAAGUGUUAUUGAGAUUCAAAAUGAAAAUAAUAAAGUGGCGCGGUCGAAUAUUUGUCAAUGGUCAAGAGAUGUUUGUCCGAAAUACAUUCCCGGUACAAAACUUCAAUCUAUCUCUACGCAAGUGCCGCGCGUACGUGGGGUUAGCAAAGAAUUCUAUCACUUACAAAAUGUACACACCUCGCCCGUAAAUUGGUCUGGAAUGUACCCGCCUGCAAAAAUAGCACUGAAAUUAGGUAACGUAUAUUUUCAGAUCUUCUGGUAUUUCAGACAAGUUUUGAAUUAGUAAUUGGGAUUUUAAGAAUUUAAAAAAAGAAAAUAUACAGUCAUCAUAUCUUAAGUAUAUAUGUAUAUGUAACCGCACAUAUCCGAGUUGACAAUACACUAGUACUUUCUUUUUAAAAAUGUUCCCAGUUACCUAGAUAAUUCGUUUUUAAGAAGUUUCAUAUGCCAUAACUUUAAGUCUGGUUUUAACACGAAAAUCGACAAAAUCAAUUUCAAGAUUGUUUUUAGGAUUUGGGCGUGGCUAUGAGUGGUUGUAUCAGUAUUUCUGUCCGGGAAACCGUUUUCUGAAGGAGAAAAAUGUGAACAAACCUGAAAGAUAGCUGUUAUAAAUAAAAUAUCACAUCUAACAUUACUGAAAUACUUGGAUGACUGUGGUUCGAUGAACUCAUCGUAAUAUGAUAUACUAGUAAGUGAAAUGGGUGUGAAUUUAAUGAUGUUAUUGUUAACACUUAAAGUAUUAUACAAUGAUAAAAUAUUAUAUAACCCCAGUUUCAUAUAUGUGUUACAAGGCAUGCAGCAGAAAAUAUGUAAUAAUUUCAUGUGUAUGUGCGUGAGAAAUAAACCAUAAAAAAUG